GUCGGGGAAGAAGACAAAGACAUGUGGCGUUGCCGCGUUGGCUUGGGAUUCGGUAAAUUACUAAAUUCAUCCGUUCGCCAUUUGCUCACCAGCACUCCACAGCAAUGAGUCUUCUUCUCGCCGCCGGUCAGCCCUUCUCUUUGUGCCCGUGCGGUUCGGUUCGGAAGGAAAUCUACAGUAGAGGCGGAGUAAGAAGAUUGGUUCGAACCCGAGCAGCUUUGGUGGAGGCGACGCCAAGAACAGUGCCUGCGCUGAGAGAUGGGGCUGGGAAUGGGGCCGCCUCCGGGCUGGUCUUUCGAGGGAACCGAGCGGAGGAUCUGCAGGCCGAGGCAAAGGCCAUGGCUCGUGCCGUCAAUGCCUCCGUCUAUAGUCCCGAGCUUCUUGCCCUCAAAUACGGCUCUCGCCCUUUCAAGGUACUGCGGAGGACUCUGCAAAUUUUCAUUGCGCUUGGUUCGUUCGGCUUAAAACUGUUGGUCGACGAAAGGAAUGGCCAGCUCGAUCUGAAUAAGAGAAUUAGGGCCGUGGAGCUGAGAAGAAUCUUCACCCGACUGGGCCCUACUUUUGUCAAACUCGGUCAGGGUUUGUCGACCAGGCCCGACCUCUGCCCGCCCGAGUAUCUUGAGGAGCUCUCUGAACUUCAGGAUGCUUUACCAACAUUCCCAGAUGAUGAGGCAUUUUCGUGCAUCGAGAGGGAGCUGGGAUUACCACUUGAAUCCAUAUUCUCAUCCAUAUCUCCAUCUCCAAUUGCGGCUGCAAGUUUAGGUCAAGUUUAUAAAGCCCAACUGAAGUAUUCUGGGCAUGUUGUUGCGGUAAAGGUGCAACGCCCUGGUAUUGAAGAAGCUAUCGGACUUGAUUUCUACCUGAUAAGAGCUCUAGGAUUUCUAAUCAAUAAAUAUGUUGACAUAAUCUCCAGUGAUGUUGUUGCGCUUAUUGAUGAAUUUGCACGCAGAGUUUAUCAAGAGCUCAACUAUGUACAGGAGGGGCAGAAUGCAAGGAGGUUUAAGAAAUUGUAUGCAGACAAGGAAGAUGUCCUUGUCCCAGAUAUUUUCUGGAAUUACACCAGUGGCAAAGUAUUGACAAUGGAGUGGGUUGAUGGAGUCAAAUUAAAUGAGCAAGAGGCCAUUGAGAGACAAGGGUUGAGGGUUUUGGAUGUGGUGAACACCGGUAUACAAUGCAGCCUCAGACAGCUGCUUGAAUAUGGUUAUUUUCAUGCAGAUCCUCAUCCUGGUAAUCUCUUAGCAACACCUGAUGGAAAGCUUGCUUUUCUUGACUUUGGAAUGAUGAGUGAGACUCCAGAAGCAGCAAGAUCUGCUAUCAUCGGUCAUGUUGUUCACAUGGUCAAUCGAGAUUAUGAAGCUAUGGCUCGUGAUUACUAUGCUCUUGAUUUCUUGUCACCUGAUGUAGACGUUUCUCCAAUUGUGCCGGCACUUCGAGACUUCUUUGACGGUGCACUUAAUUCAACUGUGAGUGAACUAAACUUCAAAACAAUAGUGGAUGGUCUGGGUGCUGUUCUAUAUCAAUAUCCAUUUAAUGUUCCAGCAUAUUAUGCAUUGAUAUUGAGGUCACUUACUGUACUGGAAGGUUUAGCACUUUACGCUGAUCCCAAUUUCAAGGUGCUGGCAGCAUCAUAUCCGUACUUUGCUAAAAGGCUUCUAACAGAUCCUAACCCAUAUCUCAGAGAUGCUCUUGUUGAGCUGCUUUUCAAGGAUGGGAAAUUUAGGUGGAACAGACUUGAAAAUCUACUGGAACAGGGAAGAAAAGAUAGAGACUUUACUGCAAAAGAGGCUUUGCAACCAGUGUUGAAGCUAUUGUUGGGUCCUGAUGGUGAAGAGCUACGGGGUUUAGUUACUAAAGAGGCUAUCCGUGUUACUGAAGCUUUUGCUUUAGGCACAGUAAUUGAUACAUACAAUUCUAUCCCUGAUCUUCCGAGGAGUCUAAUAUUUAAUGGCAAUGCAACUGGACCUCUAAUGAUGAGUAACGUCGAAAAGGAAAGCAUGAUAGGACUUCGAGAUCAAGUUUCAAGGAUCUGGGGACUUCUGCAAUCCUCGGAACAGUUUGAUCCAGCUGUUUUGCAGCCUAUUUUACUGGUCCUUCAACAACCCGAAGCACGCAGUCUAGGUGGGCGUAUUAUUGGUGGGAUCACUCAACGUCUUGCCGCUCGCUUACUGCAACAAGUACUCCGAGUUCCAGCAGCUGGUUCUGCUCCAACCUUGUGAUAAUGGCAACUGUUUUUGGGUAAGCUAGAAGAUGUGCCUUGUAAAUUUCUUGUCAACAGUGAUUUGAAAAAAAAAAUGCUUACUGUAAUCUUCUUCCCCUACAUUUUCAUCGAUUGUUAAAAUGAAAAAGGCAGAACUAAAUCACUUUUGGAAUAUAUACAUGUAUAUUGGAUUUAACAGAGAAGUCGUCCAGAUUUCUUUUAAA